GAAUUCUUAAGGAUAUUUUAAAUAUGAAACAUGUGUAACCAGAUCCUGAUCUAGAAUAAUAUGCAAGCUAUGUUAAGUUUAUGAUUUAUUACGACUGCCUGACAGGAAAGUGAAACAUGUUGUGACUCUGCAUCCCAGGGAGGUGAACAGACGAGGCGGCUAGGUCCGGGGAAUUAGGAUCACAACAGGAUGCGUUUCCGUGCACGUCAUGCUAUGGCCGUGGUAGGGGAAUUGGAUCUCAUCUUUUAUACAUGCAGCAUUGCCAGGUGAUUGGACAUGUUUAUUGAUCUGAUGAUGAAUGGAAGAAGGUCGAGGGAAACAGAUUUCAAAGAAACCUAUGGCAACCCUCGAGAUUAACGGAUUUCUUCUCCAUUAACAAUAGACGUGUCAUUAAUUCCAUAAUACAACAUGGUGGUUAAAUAUAUGCGCGAAGGAUUACCAAAGACAGUAUCAAUCAACGACAUCCCACUACUGUACCACGAACCGCACAUCGAGGAAGGGUAUCGACAGAGUAACCUCCCGUGGAUGUACUACAUAUCCAGUCUAUUUCAAAUGCACAACGAAACACUAAACGUUUGGACUCAUCUGAUUGGCUUCUUUGUCUGUAUAUACAACUUACUGUCGUUCCAGGAAAGCUACGACCUCAUAGAAGACCCAUGCAUGUGGCCAUUGGUUGCCGGGUAUGCCGGAAUGAGCGCCAUGUUUUUAUUUAGCACAUGCGCCCACUUGCUCGCUAAUACGUCCUGCGUUGUGCACUAUACUGGGUUUGGAGUAGAUUAUGCCGGACUUAGUUUGUACGGGAUCGGAAGCGUGCUUCUUCAUUUCAACUAUGCAAUCCACCACUCUGCUAAAGGGUCUUUCAUACAGGAAUAUUCCAUGUCGAUAGGUAUCGUGCUUGCUAUAUGUGUCUGCGUUUGCGGCUGUGUGUCUAAAUUUCGCUACACUAGGCCGUAUCCCUUCCAGAGGAAGCUGUGGAUCAUUAUUCCCGUCGGUCUGGUUUUUAUUUUGGUGGAAAUACCCAUUCUUCAUCGACUGUACUUGAACCUGAUGCACAAUAUUCACGAUGAGAGCCUGAAUCACCACCUAGGUCACAUGACUUUCUUCCUCACCGCCGCGUUCUUCUUUGGGUCACACAUCCCGGAGAGAUGGUAUCCUGGAAGAUUUGAUCUGAUUGGACACAGUCAUCAGAUAUUUCAUGUUUUUAUAGUUCUGGUGGCUAUUGAACAAACUAAAGCAUUGAAGAUCGACAUCGCCAACCUGAAGGAAAGUGGAGUUCUUCACCUCACGGGGUCAAAGUCCAGUUUCUACCACACGUUUGGGGUUAUUUUGUUCGUUUUUAUAGUCGAUAUAUGUAGUGUUUAUUUUUUUCAUAAUCUAGUGAAAAAACGGGAAGAGAAAUCGGAAUGAUCAUUGUGAGUAUAUAUCGUGCAGGUAAGAUGAGGUAACUUUAUACUGCGACAUGUGUUAUUCCAUGAUUGAUCUACGUCAUUCACAAUCUUAUAUUAACGGGUAAGCAUUUUCAUGUUACUUUCUGAAACAGGCAAACUACGAAAACAAUUUUCAUCAGUUUGAAAAAGAUGUGUGAUAUGUAUGCAGUGUACUUUUAUACUUAAUUCGGAGAAUACGCGUUUUCUGACAUUUUAAAUUAUAAUGCACCCUGGGUAUCGUAGUGUCAUCUUCAACAAACUAACCUUUUAUUUAUCAAAACAAAAGACAAAUCGCAACAGUCAUAUGCAGUGUGUCACUAGUCCUUCAGUAAUGAUAGUUCUCGCGUGAUUUACCGAGAAUUGUAGAGAGCUACAUUGUUGCUAUAAAGAUAUUGGAAGAGUUUCUAGGGGUAGUGUUUAGCUGAUAUUGCAGUUAUCUCCCAUGAUAGAAUACAGACAAAUUAAAGCUUUUAUCCUUAUAUCCAUAUACAAUUAUAUUUAUUAUUCAAAUUGUAACUUUAAAAUGUAGGUUUUUAUUUUCAAGUUUAAAUGUCCGAUUUGUAACCCAGUGGUUUUUUUUAUUUAUAUGAUUAAAGCACAGAAACACCAUAGGUUUAUACUGACAAAAGUAAAUAAAAUUAAUGAACUAAAUUGUCAGUAUGUUGUAUGUAUGCCCCAAAAAACUGUUCAUAGCCACGCAAAAAUUCAAUUCCUAAAUGUCGGUGUCUUAAGUAAGAAAAAGGUUUUCAAUACAUAACAGGGUCAUACAUAUUAUGUGAAAUGUGUGUUGAUCUAUUUCUGGAAAUGGACGUCACGAAUUAUU